UAUAACUUGAAAAUGUAUUUUAGAUAAGGAGAGAGAGAAAAGAGAGUUGAAAAAUGUAGCAGCAACCAUGGAGUCCGUGAACCAGGCAUCAAUGGGUGUAUUUUGAAAUUUUGAUCUCAGCCUCGUCGGGGAAGAUCACUUGAGACAAUGGAGUGCGCUGGGAAGGGGCGGGGUACGAGGUGCAAGGGCCCGCCCUCAAGACGCUGCGCUCGCUGCGGCGCCGUUGCCUACUGUUCUGUUUCUCACCAGAUUGCGCACUGGAGUGUUCACAAGGAAGAGUGUGAAAGAUUUGAACAACAGAUGGAGAAGGUCGAUGUCUUGAAUGAUUUUCCCUUUACGUUUUCGGAGGAAGCUACACUUCGGGUGUGUGAAAAGCAGGAGACCAGGUGUUCAUUUUUGGGCAAAAGGGGCAUUCACCAAGCGGGAAUGUGGAUGUCAGAGUGCUGCUGUGGGGCUUUAGUUCCAUUUCUUCAUCAUUCAAGGUUGAAUGAAGGUUGGAAUCUUUCGAGUGACUUGUGCCCAUGUAAAGAGCCCCUCUCUCCGAAAUCAAAGCAUUUAAGUAGUUGGAAGGACUAUUAUGAGUGGAGGUGUAUCCCGCUACAUUCGCCUGUUGCUUUGCUUCUUCAUUGGCCACUUACUAUAUAUUGGGCCACACAACUUGCUGCUAGCAGAAGCUUGAUUCCUGAGAGUAAUAAUGAACUGCGCAUACACUAUCUUGGGCCUGACAAAGAGCUUCUUCAACUUGCUGCCUUUGGGGAAUUGUAUGCACUUUUUCCUGGUGUACAGGUGCAUAUAGAGUUUGUUGGACCUGCAGUUCCACAAUACAGGGAUGGUGAGGUGAUUGAUCUUCACGGGUAUGCUUAUUGCAUUGAGACGGCCUGUAUUUGCAAAUCUUCAAGUGAAAAUGUCAACUGGCAUCUAUCCACUGAACGAGCCUCAGCAGUGACACUAAGGCUUCACAAAGGUUAUUAUCAUGACCGAUGCAGUGACAUAGCAAAGGAUUCCUUCCCUCAUUUAGUGAUUGCUCCAAAUGCUGGUAUUGCUGCUUAUUCAAGCUGGUUGCCAACUAUUGAGCAAAUAAAGGAGCUGAAUGUCCCAGCAUUUUUUUCUGAUUACUGUGAAGAAGCUUCCCAUCUGGCAGCUUGUUGCAUAAGCUCCAUAACUGGCAACUCGCUCACAUUUCCUAUUCAAUUAAAUCCAUUCAGGCAGCCGUUGGUGGCGGAAGAGAGUGCUCUGCUUCUUCCUUGUUAUUCAAACUGCUUUCUGUUUGGAAUGUGAACUGUUUUUAAGGUUUAAAAUUUUUGAUUACUUAAAACUAAUAGAAUGCAGGAAGCCAGGAACUCAUAAAUGAGAAUAUUCUGUUCAGCUUGGUUCUUCUGGCACUCAAGUACUCAUAGAGGAUUCUAAAGGUCUUCCUCCUAGGGGUUCAUUAAAGUUUUGAUCUGGGGUCGUGCUGCAGUGCUCUACCUAUUCCAGAUUCCGAAAUCCUUUGUAGCAGCCUAAACCCAAAUGGCGGCAUCUACGAGCUUGAGACAAUCCUAAGCAGCAGUGAUACUAGCCAUGUCCAACUGUGGGUUUGGCUGCUACAAUGCCAGUUUUUUUUUUUUUUGGGCUCAGAUGGUACUGAGUUACGCUUACCUUUUCAAGUUGAAAACGGGCAUUAGAGUUUACUUUCCUAUUCUUUCUCUCUGUAAAAUUGAUUUUGAAUUUUUUGUUUAUCUUUAGGAGGGUCUAACGAUGUAUUUUUCUUGUUUUCUUCUUUAAAAAAUUAAAUGUCAUUUCAACUUUCAAGUUGACUAGGAA